AUGAGCAAGCCUAGAAAACAACAAAAAUGUAAAACGUGUGGUCACACACAGUUUGAUGUCAAUCGGUAUACUGCAGCAGGAGAUGUGUCUUGUCUUCGAUGCGGAACCGUGUUGGAAGAAAACCCCAUAGUCAGUGAAGUCCAAUUUGGUGAGUCAUCAUCAGGUGCAGCUAUGGUACAAGGUGCUAUGGUCGGAGCUGAUCAAGCAAGAGCAACGUUUGCUGGUGGUCGUCAAAAUGCGAUGGAGAGUAGAGAGCAGACUUUGAGUAAUGGUAAGCGGAAAAUUAAAAGAAUUGCAGCAGCUUUGAAGAUCCCUGAUUAUAUUGCCGAGGCUGCUGGUGAGUGGUUUAGAUUGGCGCUAACUUUGAAUUUUGUUCAAGGAAGACGGUCUAAUAAUGUGUUGGCUACAUGCUUAUAUGUUGCUUGUCGUAAAGAAAGAACCCACCACAUGUUGAUUGACUUUAGUUCGAGAUUGCAAAUUUCCGUGUAUUCACUAGGUGCCACUUUUUUGAAAAUGGUCAAGGCAUUACACAUUACAUCAUUACCCCUAGCAGAUCCUUCAUUGUUUAUUCAACAUUUUGUAGAGAAGUUGGAUUUUAAGGAUAAGGCCACCAAAGUGGCGAAAGAUGCAGUGAAGUUAGCUCACAGAAUGGCUGCUGAUUGGAUACACGAGGGAAGGCGACCGGCAGGUAUUGCUGGUGCGUGCGUGUUGUUGGCAGCAAGAAUGAAUAACUUCCGCAGGAGCCAUGCAGAAAUUGUUGCUGUGUCACACGUUGGAGAAGAAACGUUACAAAGAAGAUUAAACGAAUUCAAAAAAACCAAAGCUGGGGAAUUGUCUAUAAAGUCGUUUAGAGAGGUUGAUAAUUUGGAGAGUUCUAACCCGCCAUCGUUUGAAAAGAACCGUGCCAUGGAAUUGAAAAUCUCCAAGAAGCUACAACAGCAACAAACAGAUAACUUUGAAGACUUAACAAAGAUGACAGAAGAAGAGAGAAAUUCCGUGUUUGGCAAAUUAUCUAAAGAAGAAGCCCAAAAGCAGUUGUUGAUGAAUACAAUUUUAAGCGAUAUCACCAUCACCUCCGAAACCCUUAAUGAUCAGAUGGACAGAAUCUUGAAAAUGAAGAAAACCAGUUUGGAAAAUUCUCUUUACAAAACACCUUAUGAAUUGGCAUUAGCCAAUGGGUCAGAAAACGAUCCUACAAGGAUAUGGAAUAUUAAUAAACCGAGGAACCUUGUGGCAAACUUACCCAAAACAGACGAUAUUUUACAGAACGUUUCUUCAGAAGUGGAAUUAAACUCGGAUGAUGACGAUGAGAUUGUACGAGAAAGCAAACUUACCGAAGAAGAAGUUGCUAUUAAGGAAAGGAUUUGGACUGGGUUGAACCAUGAUUAUUUGGUUGAGCAGGAGAAAAAGAGGUUGAAACAAGAAGCAGAUGAACUUACAGGCAACACUUCAAAAACUUCGAGUAGCAAUCGUCGUAAAAGAAAUAAGUCUUCAUUACCUGCAGAGUUACGUAAAGAACUUGGUGAUAUUGAUUUGGAUGAAGAUGGAACUCCAAGAUCGGCUGCCGAUAGUGCAAAGAUGUAUAUUUCAAAGACAUCCGUGUCUAAGAAGAUUAAUUAUGACUCGCUUAAAGGGUUACUAGGAGGCAAUAUGGGAUUUUAA